AUGCGGCUCUUACAGUACAGCGAAAGCGGAGAGCUCAGCAUCCACAGCUUUGACGAUGGCGACAUCCCUCCCUACGCGAUACUCUCACACACCUGGGGCGCAGAUGGCGACGAGGUGACGUUUGCAGACCUCCAGACAGGCGGCGGCAAGACAAAGCCGGGCUAUAAGAAGAUCAUCUUCUGCGGAGAACAGGCCCGGCGCGACAGCCUCCAGUACUUCUGGAUCGACACGUGCUGCAUCGACAAGACCAACAAGGCUGAACUUGCCUUCUCUAUCCGAUCGAUGUUUCGCUGGUACCGCAAUGCAGCUCGGUGCUAUGUAUAUCUAUCGGAUGUCUCUGAUCAACCUCUACCACUGACGCCAGGCUACCACGAUUCGCGAUGGCUUUUGUGGAUCUGGAUACUCUCUGUUCUCUACACUAUGUCGAGAUGGUACGGUAGCACGAUGCGGCGCUACUUCUAUUCGCGCGACGUUCUAUGCACUUCGGUCGGUAGCGAUCCUGUACGAACCGAGCAGAAGGCUGAGCUUGCGCUCAAAAACAGCAGAUGGUUUACCCGUGGAUGGACACUGCAGGAGCUUCUCGCACCGUCUACGGUAGAGUUCUUUUCUAGAGAAGGGACUAAGCUUGGUGAUAAGUUGUUGCUAGCAGAAGAAGUACGUGAAGUUACGGGCAUCCCUAGUCUAGCGCUGCAGGGUGAACCGUUGUCUUACUUUAGUAUUCAUGAACGCGUUACCUGGAUUGAACAUCGCACUACAACGAUUCCAGCAGACCGUGCAUAUUCCCUAAUGGGUAUUCUUGGCGUCAGCUUAUCCCCGAUCGAUGGCGAGAAUCUAGCUAAAGCAAUAAAGCGGGUUCUAGACGAGGUUGACAAGCAGAAUAAGUGCAUCCAAGACUUGUGUCCUAGCAACCCGCGCGAUGACAAGAAGCGGAUUGAGGAGACUAAGGGCGGGCUGCUUGCGGGUGCUUAUCGUUGGGUUCUUGAUAAUAGUACCUUCCAGCAGUGGCAGGAAGACCCGGGGAGCCGACUACUGUGGGUGAAAGGUGAUCCUGGCAAAGGCAAGACAAUGCUGCUGUGUGGCAUUAUCGACGAACUACAAAACUUGACGCCGAAACCUACCCUUAUUUCAUAUUUUUUCUGCCAGGCAACCAACACGCGCAUCAAUAGUGCCACAGCUGUGCUGCGAGGCUUACUGUACAUGCUCGUGCACCAGCAGCCGUCGCUUGCAUCGCACGUCGCCCUAACGGAAAUCUUCGCCGACGUGCUGCAAGAUGCAAGCCUAGGCAUAACGUACCUAAUUAUUGACGCGCUUGACGAAUGCGCUAUAGACUUACCAAAGUUGCUCAGCUUUAUCGCGAAGCAGUCGUCUGCGUCCUCUCGCGUCAAGUGGAUCGUGUCUAGUCGUAACUGGCCAGAUAUUGAGGAAGAGCUAGAGCGUGCUGAGCACGAAAUGAGGCUUAGCCUUGAGCUAAACGCCGAGUUGGUGGCUGCAGCAGUAGAGGUAUUUAUCCAGCAGAAAGUGUGUCGCCUAGCUCAAGAGAAGCGCUACACGCUAGAGGUGCAAAACGCGGUGCUCCAGCACUUGACUUCGAACGCGAAUGACACUUUCCUCUGGGUUGCGUUAGUGUGCCAAGACCUCAAAGCGACGCCGAAGUGGGAUGUGCAAGAGAAGCUAGCCCAGUUUCCGCCUGGUUUAGACUUACUUUAUAGGCAGAUGCUAGACCAGAUACGCAAGUCUAGUAGCGCUCGAAGAUGUCUGCGGGUGCUGGCAGUGGCUGCUGUCCUAUAUCGACCAGUCACAGUUAGUGAGCUAGUUAUAUUGACUGAGCAACUUACAGACCUUGUUAAUGAUCUAGAGUCCGUACGGGAGAUCAUCGGUCUCUGCAGAUCAUUCUUAACGCUGCGAGACGAUACGGUGUACUUUGUACAUCAAUCAGCUAAGGACUUCCUUAUCACGAAAGCGUUAAACGACGUCUUUCUAGACGGUAUAGAAUGUGUGCAUCAAGACGUCUUCUUAAAGUCACUUGUAAUUCUGCACGAGACACUGCGCAGAGAUACAUACAACCUUCAAGCGCCUGGAUAUGCUAUAGAAGACGUCAAGCCACUUUUUCCCGAUCCUCUAGCCGUGUCGCGCUACCCGUGUGUGUACUGGGUUGACCACUUCUGCGACUCAAAGCCCAGGGCUACUAACCAAGAAACUACUAGGGCUAUAGACGCAUUUCUUGAACAAAAAUAUCUCUACUGGCUAGAAGCACUCAGCUUGUGUAGAAGCAUGGCCAAAGGGGUAGUCUCGAUGACAAGGCUAUGGGAUCUAGUCCAGGGACUUAGAGACACGGACGUAUUGAACAAGAUCGUGUACGACACACAACGAUUCAUUAUGUAUCAUAGGGAGGCGAUCGAGAACUAUCCAUUACAAGUAUACGCGUCUGCUCUUUUGUUCAGCCCAGUAAACAGCAUGAUAAGAAGGCUGUUCCAGCACGAAGAACCAAGAGGAGUAACGAUCAAGCCCGCUAUGAGCAACGGCUGGAGUGCGUGUCUGCAGACGCUCGAGGGCCAUAGCGAUUAUGUUACCUCAGUGGCAUUCUCGCACGACUCGACCUGGCUAGCGUCAGCGUCAGGGGAUAGCAAUAUUAAGAUCUGGGACGCGAGCAGUGGGACGUGUGUGCGCACGCUCGAGGGCCAUAGCAGUUAUGUUACCUCGGUGGUCUUCUCACAUGGCUCAACUCGGUUAGUGUCAGCGUCAGAAGACAGGACUGUCAAGAUCUGGGACGCGAGCAGCGGGACGUGUGUGCGCACGCUUAAGGGCCAUAGCGAUUAUGUUACCUCGGUAGCCUUCUCACACGACUCGACCCGGCUAGCGUCAGCGUCGAGGGACAACACUGUCAAGAUCUGGGACGCGAGCAGUGGGACGUGUAUGCACACACUUAAGGGCCAUAGCGAUUAUGUUACCUCGGUGGCCCUCUCACACGACUCGACCCGGCUAGCGUCAGCGUCGAGGGACAACACUGUCAAGAUCUGGGACGCGAGUAGUGGGACGUGUGUGCACACGCUUAAGGGCCAUAGCGAUUAUGUUACCUCAGUAGCAUUCUCGCAUGACUCAACUCGGUUAGUGUCAGCGUCAGAAGACAGGACUGUCAAGAUCUGGGACGCGAGCAGCGGGACGUGUGUGCGCACGCUCGAGGGCCAUAGCAGUUAUGUUACCUCAGUGGUCUUCUCGCACGACUCGACCCGGCUAGCGUCAGCUUCUUGGGACAGGACUGUCAAGAUCUGGGACGCGAGCAGCGGGACGUGUGUGCACACGCUUGAGGGCCAUAGCAGUUAUGUUACCUCAGUGGCCUUCUCGCACGACUCGACCCGGUUUGUGUCAACAUCAGAAGACAGCACUAUUAAGAUCUGGGACACGAGCAGCGGGACGUGUGUGCGCACGCUUGAGGGCCAUAGCGAUUAUGUUACCUCAGUGACCUUCUCACACGACUCGACCCGGCUAGCGUCAGCGUCUUGGGAUAGCACUGUCAAGAUCUGGGACACGAGCAGUGGGACGUGUAUGUAUACGCUUGAGGGCCAUAGCGAUUAUGUUACCUCGGUGGCCUUCUCGCACGACUCGACCCGGUUAGUGUCAGUGUCAUUAGACAGGACUGUCAAGAUCUGGGACUCGAGCAGCAGGACGUGUGUGCACACUCUUGAUGUUGGCAGGGCUCUUUUCAGCUUGUCUUUCGGCUCUACUACAGGCGACCACAAGUGGUGGCCGGACGAAGCCUUUGAGCUUUGCGCCACAGCUUGA